AUGGAAAGCGAUAAAGUUAAAGAGAGAAUUUUUCGAUGUUCCAUAGUAGGAGACAGUUUUGUUGGAAAAACUACUUUGAUUAAACAGUUCCUGGGAGAAGAAAGCACUGAUGGACCGAUACCUACGCAACUGCAAAUCUUAAAUUGUUCUUAUUUCUUGUUUAUGUUUUUUUCCAUAGGAAAUAUUCAUACUGCAGAUGGUUUCUAUACGGUCAGCAUUUUUGACACAACUGGACAACAUGACAUGGAUGGAUUACGUCACUUCCCGUAUGCCCAAAGCGAUACAAUUAUCGUCUGCUACUCUGUUAUUGACCGGACAUCUUUUAACAACGUCUUACAGGUUUGGAUUCCAGAAAUUAAGAAAUACACACUAAAAGGCACACAUAUCGUUCUGGUAGCAACACAUUGUGACAGGAUUGAUAUCAAGUCUGCAGCUGCCAUACGGAGUGAAGGAAUGUCACUAGCAAAAAAGAUUGGUGCAUUUCGCUUUGUGGAGGCCUCAAAGUAUGAUUUCGAAACUAUGUCCAAACUUUUUGAGGCCAUUGUAAUGAAAAUUGUGAAAAGAGAGUAAAUAUUACGAGAAAA